UAUGUCUGUAGAGCCAACUCUAGUCACUUAUCAGCCAUGGACUCGGUUGAAAAUUCCCAAACGAAUAGAUAAAGCACUUGAAAGUCUAUUCAACAAAAUUCUUGAAAAAUAUGUAUAUAAUCUUUGGUACAAUGACUUGAGUAAAAAUGAGGCAUUUGUUGAUGAGUUGAGAGUUAUUAUGCGCCACAUCACUGCAGCCGUGCUCAGGAGAAGUCAAAAAAUCGACAUUCCUUCUCUAAUUUUACAAAAACUGCUCAAAACAACCCUGCAGCACCUUCACUUUUACUUAAAUGCCCGAAAACUCUAUAAUUCUGAUGUUGAUGAGGAUAUUCAGCAGUUUGUCUUGAAAAAAUACAGACCAUGCUGCCUACAUAAGGCCAUGUAUACCAGAAAGGCGGAGAGUGAAUAUCUUCGUAAAAUUCUAGAUGGUAUUUUCCCUCUGGUUUUACCCAAUAAAAGUUUACACUGCAGGCCUAUAUAUACACUUGCGAGGGAAAUCCUGGCUGGUCUUAUUUUGCUUCCACUUAUGGACGUCUUAGCAAAUCCUGACUUUCUUAAUUUUUUGCUACUGACAUUCCUUAGCUCUGAUACAAAUACUGAUAAUGGUAACAUUCGUCCAGAAAUGACUCCAAUUCUACAAAACUUCUCAAAACCCAGAAAUACUAAAAAAUCAUCAUUAAGUUUACAAUUAAAAGAGAUAAGAGAAGAUCAAGAAAUUUUUUAUUUGUUUAUGCAAUUUAUGAAAAAAGAAGCGGCCGUUAACUUUCUACAAUUCUACACCCUGGCUGAUAAUUUGAAUGAAAAUCUAAUCAGACCUGAUCUAAAGGUAGAGGAUCUACAAUGUAUCCAUGAUGACGUGAGGCAACUUUUUGAAAGUUUCAUGCAGAGAGACGUUUUAGGAUCAAUACCAUUUGAUGAGGAAAUUAUUGAGGAAUUUCGAGAAAUUGCAAAUGGUCCUCCAGAAGAUGUUAUUAAAUUGCAAACAACUACGGCUUAUUUUAGAGCUUAUGAAUAUACAAUUACCAUUCUGGAAAAAGAAUUUCUUCCGAAAUUUCAUCAUAGUGACGAAUAUUUUCAAUUACUUUGUGGCGAGAGAUUGAAAAAACCAGAUAGCCUGAGUUCUUCAAGAAAUAAUUCAAAAGCCAAAGCGGAAAAUGCAGGUCUGUCAAAGAUAAGUAAUCGACUAAAAGGAGUUUUCAGAACCACAAAUGUUAUGGAUGGAAAGCCUCUUGAUGACUUAAUUGACUAUGGAGGUGAAGAAGCGGAUCCAAUAAUGGGAAUCGAAGACAGAUUAGAUGGAACAGAAUUUAGUGAUCAAGUAAUGGAAGCUACCUCUCCUUUGCAUGAUUUAAGCAACUGGAGAGUUUGCAUAGUCGACAUAUUAGAAAAGUAUGAUCAGGAAAAAAAGCCGUUCUGGACAUUUGUCCUAGAGUUAAGAAGAAUUGACAGAUUGGAUUUUCCUUGUACAGACAAGGAAAUGUGCGACCCCCCAAUGUGGAAAGUUGAAAGACGAUAUCAUGAAUUUUAUGUCUUAGAGUCUAGAUUACAAGAAUUUCAUGGCGAUAACAUUCCACCUAAUUUGAACUUGCCGCCUAAAAAAACAUUCGGGACAAGUCGAAAGGAUUUCUUGGCUUCUAAAAAGAAAGAAUUUGAAGAAUAUUUACAAAACUUACUCACUUUACCCGUUCUCAAGGGAUCAGAAUUAUUACACACUUUUCUAAAGUCAAAUUCAAAAUUUACAUCUAGUAUUCUUCCUGAUAUUAAUGAUGUUGGUAAAUUAGUUAGAACCAAGGCAAUGAAGUUAGUGAAAGAAAAAGGUCAACAUCUGGAAUCAUUUUUACACUCAUUUGUAAGUAGUACAGAAGCUGGAAAGCCUAAACCGAGUAGGAAUAACGACUCUGAUUCUGACGCCGUUUCCAUAUCAAGCGAAAAAAUGGUUAACUCAAUAUAUGAAAACAAUGCAGAGAGUGCCAGUUUAACGAGCUUUGAAACUAGCUUUUCAAGUUUGCAGCCGCAUAUGAAGCAGAAACAUGACAAGUGUUUAGCACCAUCUAUCAACAGUGUUUUUGAUGCUAUAUUUUACUUAGCAAAAUAUCUUUUCGGAGUAUCUCAGGCGAUUUUACAAUUCUUCGUUGUAGCUAGGAUGUUUCUUAAAAACACUUUCGACAAUUUGAUGGAUUAUAAACUCGGUGAAAAACUUGACUAUGUAUUUCAUGAAAAUCAACUUAGUAAAUUAAUAAAAAUGCUAGAAGAUACUCUUUUCAAUGAGAAUAAUUUUCCAAGGUCAGAAGAAGAAAAAAAAGAAAGAUGUAAAAAAACACUAUGUGAAUUGCAAGAUUCCAUUCCAAAAAUAUUUUCUAUUGGCAUAGGAAAAGAUAAAAUAAAGAAAGAUACAAAAAUACUGUUUGAACUCUUUCAACAGCCUAAACUAAAUAAACAGCUGUCAUACCUCCUACUGGAUGACGUUAUAACGGAAUUGUUUCCUGAGUUAAAAGAAGAAAAUGAUUGUUAA